AUGGAGCCCAAGCACAAGGAGCUGCUCGCCCAGUGCCGCCAGAGCCUGGCGCAGGCCAUGACCGAGGUGGACAAGGUGGUGGAGCUGCUGGAGGCUGCCGGCGCCCUCGGCCCCCGCGACCUGCGCGACCUGGAGGCGGCGGGCGGCGGGAAGGCCGAGCUGCUCAUCGCCCUGCUGCUGGCCAAGGAGCGGGACCACUUCCAGGACCUGCGGGUGGCCCUGGAGAAGACGCAGCCCCACCUGCUCUCCAUCCUCUACCUGAACGGCGUGGCGGGGGCGCCGGCGGCGGCCGAGACGGCCGGGUCUACUUACAGUGUGCUGUCCAUAAUGCCUUCUGAUUCUGAAAGCAGCAGUUCUCUGAGUAGCAUUGGUACGACGGGUAAAGCAUCAUCUCCACCACCUGUAAUAGACACGAGACAGAUGAGUGAGAAGCUGGAGACGAUAUUAUAUCAGCUCCGUCAGGUAACUCGAGAGAGGGAUGAGCUGCGCAAGCGACUUGCACUUUCAUCUCCUGGAUCAACUUUUGAUGACUGCAGGCCUAGUCCAAAACCAAAUCAUGAUUAUGAAAGACUGAAGAUUCAGUGCAUGAAGGCCAUGUCAGACCUACAGUCUCUGCAGAAUCAACACACCAAGACACUAAAAAGGUGUGAAGAAGCAGCAAAAGAGGCAGAUUUUUAUCACACGUUGCACAGUCGGCUGCUGAGUGACCAGUCACAGCUGAAGGAGGACAUGGAUACCUUGAAGAGGAAAAACACGCAGUUGGUGCGAGAACAUAAUCAUCUCCAGCAGUCGUGUGAGGAAAUGAAGAGACUUCACGAUGAGGAUCAGAAAGAGAUAACGGACCUGCGCAGUCAGCAGCAGCAGGUUAUGAAGCAAAAUGGAUCAUCAGAGAUAUUAAAUAAACUUUAUGAUACAGCAAUGGACAAGCUAGAGGGUGUGAAGAAGGAUUAUGAUGCCCUAAGGAAACGGUACAAUGAGAAGAUUGCAAGUCACAAUACGGAUCUGAGCCGCCUAGAACAGGCUGAGGAGGAGAACAGACGUCUUCAGAAACAGAUUGACAUGUUAAUGAAGCAAAGGGACACAGCAAUACAUUUUCAGCAGCAAUAUUCAUCCUCUCUUAGAAGAUUUGAAUCAGUACAGCAGGAACUAAGCAACGCCACAGCACAAAACAAAGAGUUGCAGAGAGAGAUGGAGCGAUUACAGUCGGAGGUGACAAGGUUCAAAACAAUGCAGCUGAAAGCAGCAAAGGAUGCAGAAAAAUACAAGGAAGAAAGGGAUUCAGUUUUCAAUGAAUACCGCCUCAUAAUGAGUGAGAGAGAUCAAGUAAUCAAAGAGGUAGAUAAGCUUCAAACAGAGCUGGAGGUUGCAGAGUCCAAACUGAAGAACACUUCUUCUGAGAAGCGAGUGGCUAGUGAAGAGAUGGAAGCUUUAAGACAGAUACAAGAUUCUGCUACCCUAGACAUAGAAAGAGCAAACAAAGAAAUUGAAAUGCUUCGGAAACAAUAUGAGGCAAUGUCACAAGAACUAAAGGAAGCUGUCCAGGAAGCAGAAGUAGCCAAGUGUAGGAGAGAUUGGGCCUUUCAAGAGCGGGAUAAGAUUGUUGCAGAAAGGGAAAGUAUACGGACUUUGUGUGACAACUUAAGGAGGGAGAGAGACCGGGCUGUGAGCGACUUGGCUGAAGCUCUUCGCAAUCUGGAUGAUAUGAGAAAGCAGAAAAACGACGCUGUUCGUGAACUGAAGGAACUGAAGGAGAAGAUGGAGAAUCAGUUGGAAAAGGAGGCCAGAUUCCGUCAAUUGAUGGCCCAUAGUUCCCAUGACUCAGCUAUAGACACAGAUUCUCUGGAAUGGGAGACAGAAGUGGUAGAAUUUGAAAAAGACAGAGAUGACAUGGACUUGAAAGCACUUGGUUUUGAUGUGGCAGAAGGCGUGAAUGAACCAUACCUCCCUGGAGACUGUGGGAUCUUUGUUACCAAAGUAGACAAAGGAAGUAUUGCUGAUGGUCGAUUAAGAGUGAAUGAUUGGUUGCUGAAGAUAAAUGAUGUGGAUCUUACUAAUAAGGAUAAAAAGCAAGUUAUAAAAGCUGUUCUAAAUGGAGGAGGUGUUAUUAACAUGGUGGUUCGAAGAAGGAAGUCCUUAGGUGGGCGAGUGAUAACACCUCUUCACAUCAAUGUUUCUGGACAUAAAGAUAGUGGGGUCAGUCUAGAAAAUGGAGUAUUUGUUGCUGCUGUUGUGCCUGGAAGCCCAGCUGCCAAAGAGGGUUCCCUUACUGUGGGAGAUAGAAUAAUUGCUAUCAAUGGCAUUGCACUAGAUAAUAAGUCGCUUACUGAAUGUGAAGCUUUGCUACGAAACUGUAGGGAUUCCCUUACCCUGUCACUGAUGAAGGUUUUUCCUCAGAGUUCAUCUUGGAGUGGUCAAAAUAUAUUUGAAAAUCUGAAGGAUUCAGAAAAAAUAUCAAACUGUAGGGUUCACGCAUCAGAGAUACAAGCCCAAAAUAAAAGAAAUCUGAAACUCAACAGCUCAACCCAGACUGACAUUUUCAAUCCAGACAUCAUGGAUGGCAAGAAGGACCAGAGUGAUCAGGGCAGCGGUUCAUUUUGCGAUCACAAACCUUUCCCUAAUAACACAUUACGAGUAGACUCUCAUAGGAACACAGUGCACAGUUGCCACAGUAAUUCAGAACACAGUCUCAGCUCCUUCAGCCCAGAAACAUACGGGGACCGAGGGUAUGGAACUGUUGAUUUGGACAAUAGGAGGCUGCCUUAUGAACCUACAGGAGCUGACUGUAUGAUGGUUGAGACCACGUUUGACAAAGGACAUGGAACUAAGCAUAGUGGUGGUACGUGGCCAAAAGUCAUGGUUAAUAUCUCAGCAACAGAAACAGAAAAGUUCUCUGUGUACAAAAAGCCAAAACAAAGGAAAUCUAUCUUUGACCCUGAUACUUUCAAAAGACCACCAACUCCUCCCAAACUGGAGUACCUUUCCCCUAAUCAGGUGACAGGCCAUUCACCUCAGCCAUCAAAAGCUGAAGUGGCUUCAACUCCUCCAACUCCUCCGAAGAGAAGUGACUCUAUCAAAUUUAAACAUAAGCAGCAGGCGAGCUCUGCAUCAGAGUCUACGGUAACAACUGGAUCACCACCCACCAGCCCAGCCACUGCCCAAGCUCCCGUUUCUUUGGCACUUAAACAGGACUCUGCUACUCUCAAGGGGCGCAGCAGGAACACUGGGCAUUAUUAUCGGGAGGAGGGAAUUGACUGCACUCAUCUCUCUUCAAGGAAAUCCUGUGAAGACGACAUUGGCUUUCAAAGAGUUGAAGAGCCCGAGAUUAAAAGACCAAGGCCAAAAUCAGCUCCUGCUCUGAGGCAUAAAAUGACCCCUAUGCCCCUUCCUAAUCCUGCGCUUCAGGUGCAGAAGUAUGCUCCAGCUAGUGAGGAGCAUCUGUCUCCAGAGCUACAGGAAUGGGCACCAUAUUCACCAAAACGAUCUGCUAGGCACAGCGAUGGCUUUGUGCCUGCUGCCUUAUAUGCUGGCGGCAUGUCAGCAGGUACGGUACCAAGAAGCUUAGCACCGUGCCCUGCAGUAACUGCUGUCAUGAGAAAUCCAAUCUAUACUGCCUGGAGCCAUAGAGUUCACACCAGCAAUUGCCCAUCAGUUGCCAGCCAAAUAUGCCAUCAGCAUCUGCAUCCCAGUUCCCAGCAUCAAGGUCGCCUGAGUUUGGACCUGAGUCAUAAACACUCCAAUGACUACUCUGAAAAUUCACGUACAAGAGCAUCUCAUGGCUCAAAUUCAUUACCAUCCAGUGCAAGACUUGGUUCUUCAAGUAACUUGCAAUACAGAACAGAACGAAUUAAGAUCCCUUUAACACCAAGAUAUCCAAGGUCCAUGAUGGGCUCUGACAGAGGCUCCUUGUCACACUCUGAAUGUAGCAGUCCCAGCUUGAUAACUCCUCCACAGUCACCUCUCAACUUGGAAACGUCUUCCUUCGCCAGCAGCCAGUCUCAGAACUCCCUUUCUACGUUACCUAGGAUUUCCAUUAGCCCAGUGUCUAUUGGAGAACGUAGAAAAGAUAGGCCCUACAUGGAAGAGCCACGUCAUGUUAAAGUGCAGAAGGGUUCUGAGCCACUAGGGAUUUCCAUUGUGAGCGGAGAAAAUGGUGGAAUAUUUGUCUCUAAAGUAACAGGUGGGAGCAUUGCCCAUCAAGCUGGCCUUGAGUAUGGUGAUCAGUUACUAGAGUUUAAUGGAAUAAAUUUGAGAAAUGCUACAGAGCAACAGGCUCGACUAAUCAUUGGACAGCAGUGUGACACCAUUACUAUUCUGGCUCAGUAUAACCCACAUAUGUAUCAGCUUGGCAAUCAUUCACGAUCAAGUUCUCGCCUAGAACCUGUGAGUAAUCAUUCCACCCCUCAAGGCAGUGGAGCUGCAACGCCUGACAAUCAUUCCGUAAUCGAUACUGUGAGUGAACAGGAUGAAGGAACAAUGACACCCCCAUCCAAACAAACCACGGGCCCUGUGGACACAAACAAAAGGACCCCUGAACCUAGAACUGUUGUUGUUAAAAAAUCCCAAGUGGAUCUUGGGAUCCAGAUAUGUGGUGGAAACCUGUAUGGAAUAUUUGUCUCAGAUGUAGAUGAUGAUAGCCCAGCAAAAGGACCUGAUGGACUAGUCUUGGGUGACAUGAUACUUGAGUAUGGAUCCAUUGAUAUGCGAAAUAAAACAGCUGAGGAAGCUUAUCUUGAAAUGUUGAAGCCUGGAGAAAACAUCAAAAUAAAGACUCAAUACAGAAUAGAAGAAUUUAAUAAGAUAAAAGAGCUUCCUGGAGAUGGAUUCUAUAUCAGAGCACUUUAUGACCGUCUGGCAGAGGUGGAACAGGAUUUAAGCUUUAAGAAGGAUGACAUUUUGUAUGUUGAUGACACUCUGCCACAGGGAAACUUUGGUUGCUGGAUGGCUUGGCAGCUAGACGAGAAUGCUCAGAAGCUGGAAAGAGGACAGAUUCCAAGUAAAUAUAUGAUGGAUCAGGAAUUCUACAGGAGACACAGCAUGUCUGAGGCUAAAGAUGAAAACAGCUCAUCUAAGACAUUGUCAGCAGCAGCACGGAGGUCAUUCUUCAGAAGAAAGCAUAAACACAAGCGAAGUGGUUCCAAAGAUGGAAAGGAUUUACUGGCUCUUGAUACAAUCAGUACAGACUCAAUUCCUUUCUUGGAUGAUUCAGCAAGUCUGGCAUAUCAGCGUGUACAGAAAGUGGACUGUACCUCUCCUAGGCCUGUCCUUAUUCUAGGACCUUUACUUGAUGCUGUGAAAGACAUGUUGGUCAAAGAAUCCCCUGGAAAAUUUUGCAGAUGUCCUCUUGAGGUUAUGAAAGCUUCCCAACAAGCCAUUGAACGGGGUGUGAAGGAUUGUCUGUUUAUUGAUUAUAAACGGAGGAGUGGACACUUUGAUGUGACAACUGUAGCUUCAAUAAAAGAGAUAACGGAAAAGGAUUGUCAUUGUCUGCUUGACAUCGCUCCUCAUGCCAUCGAACGGCUCCACAGUGUUCAUAUCUACCCUAUUGUAAUUUUUAUUCGCUACAAAAAUGCUAAACAAAUCAAAGAGCAAAAAGACCCAAUCUUCCUGAGGGACAAAGUUACACAAAAACAUUCCAAAGAACAGUUUGAGACAGCUCAAAAAAUAGAACAAGAGUAUAGCAAGUACUUUACAGGCAUUGUCCAGGGAGGAGCCCUUUCAAGCAUUUGCACUCAGAUUCUGACAACUGUCGAUCAAGAACAAAACAAAGUCCUGUGGAUCCCAGCUGGCCCGCUGUAGAUUUAUUUCGCUGUGAAACUACUUUGCAGAUGUAAAUAACCAACUAACUUUCUAUCCAACAGACUCUGUCCGUUUCUGUCUUUAUAAAAAGAUAUCCGUAAGUGAUUUCUGUUUCAUGAAGGGGAAUGAUAACACUGAACACACAAGGACCUGACGAGGCAUGUGGGAAGGGGUAGAUCACUUCACCGAGCUUGUCUCUUACAUCGUACGUGUACACGUGACAGGUUGUCACGAGGGGUUGCAACCUGUGUGUACUUGUCCGUGAGUAAUGAAUUUCACAAUGCUGCAAAACCCUGUAGAAUGACAAGUUUACA